AUGUCGUGUUCUCAGGAUGCCGUGCAGGCAUGUGUAAACAUGCUUCUCCAGACCCCGCCUGGACAAGAAAAUCAGGUAUUUAAUGAUAUUAAAGGUAUUCUGGCAGGUACCGUAUCUUCAGACCACGUUAAGGAUCAUGCACGGCCUGUUCUUUUGCAGUACGCUCAUGAACAAUUACUGCCCGUAUCAAUAGACUUGGAUGGUAAGAGUGAUUAUGCGAUUGUGUGUGAAGCAGCAAAGUUAGAUGGAAAGUACUACCAUCCACGUCUAUCUUGUACGUUUGUGUAUGAUCCUUCCCAGGCGUCUGCUGAUCAGGUGACGCCUAUACCCCGUCCCACUAGCGAGGCGGAGACUUUGCGCGCGGCGGUUGAUGAGGAACUUUCCAAAUAUAUGCACCGUCAUUUUCAUGCAGGAGUGUGCAGCACUUUUCUGCCGAGCUCUCACCUUUCUGCGCGACAAGCAACUUCAGAAACCGCAUCCACACCGGACGCUGAUGUCCAGGGACGAAAGGAAAGCUCUGUUUCAUCUGUUCAUGAAACAGAAACUGAGCAAGAGGAAGAAACCAAUGAUGAGACAUCUCAACAUUGUUCUACUGACCAGGAAUUCAAAUCUGAGGUGCUCCCGAGUCCACUGACUGAGUGUGCGUCGUCCAAGGAAGCCCCAGAACCUGUCUCCAUCCCAACCUUGACACUACACAUUGUCGGAAACAAGUACAAUCUACGGAACUUUUGGUCAGGCCGGUGGCGCUCGACGUAUGUGUUUGAUUUGUCAACGAAAGCAUUUACGCGGGCCGAUAUACGUGUCCACACACAUUACUUCGAGAAUGGCAACGUUCAAAUGCAAACGCAAUACUCCGAUACCAUGCCCGCCUUCCAGUCUACCGGCUCUAUCGCCGCUGACGUGAUCCGAGCGAUUGAGGCCCAUGAGCAACACUAUCAAACCAAGCUCUUUGAGACAACGGAUUUGCUGCGCGAAGAUGCGUUCAAGGCACUGCGCCGUACUUUACCCAUCACACGCGAAAAGGUCGAUUGGGAUAAGGCCGUCAGCUACAAGAUUGGCGCCGAGUUGACCAAGUAG